UAAUUAGAAUAUUAUCUAGGCAAAAGUAAUGUAGCAAUGCUAUCUAUAUCCGUGGCCGUUAUCGACAAAUCCUUUCAGCUGUGUUUGAUAAGUGUCACCGUUAUCAAAAGAUAUUGUCCAUACGGCUUUUGUUCUAUCGUUCCAAAUAUUUGUGUGUUUACUGUUUAAGUGAGCAGUGUUUUAAUAAAGAAAGAGUUACACUUUGUUUUUAAAACGUGUUGGUUUUUGAGCUAAUUCCGGAUUUUGAGAUUUACGUUUGGAACGGAAUUUAAAUAAAAAAUAAACAAUGUAUCCAGCGAAUCCACCUCCAUACCCUGGUCAAGAGCCAACACCGGUCCAGGUGAACGUGAUCCACGUCCAGCCAGUGGCAGGACAUUAUGUGACUGCAAGUGGUGACACGGUGCUGAUUGGUCAACCCGUAGGAACUGAGCCAACAUUGGUCGUCUGCCAAUCCUGUCGGCAUCAGAUCAUCACAACGACGGAGAUGCGACCAACUGCCAGAACACAUUUAUGGGCGUUCUGUCUGUUUAUUAUUGGAUGCUGGCCUUGCAUGUGCAUACCUUACUGUACUCCAAGUUGCAUGAACAUCGACCACUAUUGUCCCAACUGCAGAGGUUAUAUAGGCAAGUAUGAGUUUUGAAGAAAACAAUUCGACCAUGUGAUGCAACGUUCACUUCGACUGUUUUGGGAUCUGCAGUUUCUGACGGAGGUUUAGUGUCAUCAUAUUGGUUCUGCCUCUUUAUCAUCUAUUUAGUUAUUUAAGAUCAAUUUUGACGGUCUAAAAUAGUUAUCGAAAAGGAUGAAGAAAGUUAUUUGACCUUGAGCAACACAACAAUGAGAUCGAUAGUCCUGGAUCUGGUGUUCUUCUGAUGGAAAUUUAGUUUUAACUGUCAAUAACUAUUACAACAUAAUUUGCUGUUCGUUGAGGAUUGUGGACGAUGGUAUAAGUCACGUAAAUAGUAAAGUCUUUUCUGACAUAAAAAUUAAAAUUACAAUAAAAAUUGUGUUAAAAAAUUGGUAGUAAGUGGAUUGAUUAGCACGGCAUUUUUUAUUACUUUUUUGUAUAUACUUAAUGUCAGAUUAACAAUUUGUUAUUAAAACUUACUUGUUCCAAAUAUUUUAGUAGGAUUCAAGUGAUUGGAACAAAGUUAAUACCGUAAAGUCCAUAAGACAUUUUUUGUAGUAUAGUGUACAUUGGAUCCGCCGUCCGACAUUUUUUUUCCAAUCUCUAAUUAAUCUAAGAUAGAUAGUGAUAAAUUAGGUACCUAUUAAUAGGUUAUCAAUUACCGAAAAGUACCUUUGUAAUUGUGAUAAGGCCAAAUAUACACCUGUGUUUUCUGCGCCGAUAAAUUAAACAAAAUUGAUUAUAAUAGGUAUAUUAAACAUAGUAAAAUAUGAAUUUUGAUAUUGUCAAAUUUGUAAAACAUAAUAUAAACUAAGUCUUUUGUGAGUCGUUCUAAGGAAUUUUAUCCACGUCCGGUUUUAAUUAAAUAAAGUGUAGCUGUAUCAACAAUAUUAUUUGAUAACGUAUCUACCAGUUUUUAAUUUUAUCAUAUUUGUUACGUUUUUUUUUAAA